GAUGUUCCAUGAAUCGGUGCAACACGUGGUUGCUGUUGCGUUAAUCUGUUUAGUGUUUAGUGUGUCUAUCGUGAUCAGCCAAUUUCCUGAGUAUGCCAAGUUCUUGCCAUCGCCUUUGGUUUGCAUUAGCGAUGGUUGCAUUAUCGGGACAACUCGAAACGGGCUGGAAGGUAGUCAGUAUGAAGCUUUUCUCGGUUUACCGUACGCCAAGCCACCCCUCGGGAAGCUGAGGUUCAGAGAUACUGUUCCAGUGGAACCGUGGAGCGGAAAUUACGAUGGCACUUACGAGCGUAGUAAAUGUGUUCAGAAAAACGAUGCACGGCCACACUCGCAGGUGGAAGGAAGCGAGGAUUGUCUAUAUCUGAAUCUGUACCGACCGAAGUACACAACCGAUCCGCUUCCGGUGAUCUUCUUCAUCCACGGUGGCAGGUAUGCAUCCGGAUCAGCGUCAAUGGCCGAAUACGGUCCGGAACGAUUAAUGGACACACGAAAGGUGAUCGUGGUCGUGAUUCAGUACCGUCUCGGAGUGUUUGGUUUUCUGUCCACCGAAGAUAGCAAUUCCCCGGGAAAUUAUGGACUCAAAGAUCAGAGUAUGGCCCUACGGUGGGUUCAGAAAAACAUCAAACGAUUCGGUGGAGAUACUAAGCGAGUUAUGAUAGUAGGUCACGAUGCGGGAGCAGCUUCGGUGCAACUGCACAUGAUGUCACCUUUAAGCAGGGGUACGUUCUGGAAGGCGGUUAGCAUGAGUGGUAGCGCAUUGUCAUAUUGGAACUAUAACAUUGACCAGGAGCGGGUGGCUCGUCGACAAGCUGCGGUACUAGGCAUCCCUGAAGCAUACAAAAUUUCAACCGAUAAGUUAGUCAAUGAGCUUCGCUCUGUAGAUGCUCACGAGUUAGGAAGAAGCAUUGAUCGAAUGAAAUAUUUUCACGUGCAUCCAACGGGACUGUACCAACCGGUCGCAGAACGUUACGUGACAAAUGGCACAUUCCUGAGCAAAGAACCCCGUGCUCUGUGGGUCUCUGGUAAAUAUGAAUCAGUUCCAUGGGUCACCGGGUUUGUCCCGAAUGAUGGUGCAGCAGAUACACUUAGUAUUAUCACCAACACCACGCUGCUGCAGCAGCUUAAUCAAAAUUCCAGAAAGUUCAUUCCUCGCUUAGCUGGGGGAGAUUCUAACCCUCGAACGGUUCAGAUGUUGAAGGAACGUUUCUUCAACGAAAGUUCGCAGGAUCGCUGGUUGACAAAAGACAACUUCUUUCGAUUGCAAAAUCUAGUGACGGAAUCCGCGAUAAUUUACCCUCUUGCCUUGAGCGUGAAACAGCAUGUGGCAAAGAAAAACCCUCGUAAAGCACCGGUUAACGUGUACUAUUUCAAUUUCAAGGGCCGGUUCUCACAUUCGUACCUUUACUCCUACACGAGAGAGGAUUUCGGCGUUUGCCAUUCGGAUGAGCUGUUGUAUCUGUUCCGCAACUCAGCAGUGGCCACCGAUUUCCCCAAUGGAUCGCCGGAAUGGAUUAUGGCGAAGGGUUUCGUGGACUACAUUAGCAAAACGGCUCAUGAAGAAACCGUUGGUCCAACGUGCGAGCGUGACGAUUGUCAACUAUUAGAGUUUGCGAAUUCGAGCAACGCAAAGGUCCCAGUUGAGCUCAAUUUGUUCAAUGGUUUCGACGAGGAUUUGUUCCAGUUCUGGCGGACGUUUUACCGAUUACAAGGAAUUUAGUAAUUAUUUGUUGCA